AUGGCCACCAACGGUCACGAUUAUUCAGAACCGGUGGUUUUGCCACCGAACGACUUGGACAUGAGGACAGCAGAGGGGAAUAACAACAACGACAACAACAAUAAUAUCAACGCCAACCGGUUGUUCGUUGUAUGGGACCACCUGUUAAGCGCUGUAUACAUGAUAACGCUGUUCUAUCAGUCGAGGCUUUUAGAAUUUAUGCUUGUAUUAAAGGCUGUUUUAUUAUUUAUUUUACUGACUUAUAUGCACAUGCGUUUAUCAAAAAUGACAGCCAAUUGCUUGGAACAUGCAAUUGACGCAUGGCCAGGAGACGGUAUACUCCGAGUGGAGUUUAUUCGAAGUUUUCAAAGCAGCCAUGCAGAACAAACAGACGCGUUUAACGAAUUGUUCACACUAGAAAAUUCUUAUAAACGUGAAUACAAACUAAAACGUAUAAAGAAAAAUGAAGAACCAGCGCCAUUGUUCAACAGGUUCACUAAAACUAAUAGUCCUGAAAACAAAGGAGAGAUUGAUAUUGAACCAUCAACAGGAAAAUUAGUUGAUAAUACUAUUCGAGAGACUAACACCAUAAACCCUAACCUAUUCAACUAUUUAUCAUCUAAAAAUUAUAUAAAUGUUGAAGAUGAAAAAAAAAAAAUGUUUGGCAGUACCACUAAUACGAAUCAUCAUUCUACCAGUAAAUCAGAUUUUUUGACAGUAGAAGACUCAGCACAAUUUUGUUCUACCAAGUUUCCAAAUAAUUCUAUUAGAGGUGUAUUAGAAAUCGAUUCAUCAUUCCAGUCCAUAAGUACCAAAUUACCUUUGAUCAACGACCAGAAAGGUCUAAAGUGUACCUGGGACAAGUAUUUUGGCGGUUCAGUAGAUAAGUUUUUCUUGGAAUAUUUCUUUGGUUACAAUGAAUUACUAAUGUCCUCUGUUAAAUCACUGUCUGUAAACGAACAAGAGAAAGGAAUAUUGAGAAAUGUCAUUACUGGGAAAUAUAGAAGGUUGACCCAUUGGACGGAUAUAACGUCAUACAUUCCAUCAUUCUUCGUAAUGCUCAUAUUUGUGAGUAUGUGGUCCGUGUUGUUUGCCUUUAUGCUAAAGUUUUUUAGCGACAUCAAAAUGCCGUUUUACAUCAUACUGACGGUCUGGGUAGCUAAUCGAUACCAAACCAAAUAUGGCCGUUGUCCGCUCACGCAAAAGCAUUGGCCAAAGUGGGAAUCUAUCGUUAUUCCUAAAUAUUUGAAUGAUAAUACCAUGUAA